AUGAUGGAGAAGCAUACUGUUGAUGCUGCCGAGGACGCUGAUGGUGAUGAUGAUGAUGAUGAUGAUGAUGAUGAUGAUGAUGAUGAUGAUGAUGAUGAUGAUGAUGAUGAUGAUGAUGAUGAUGAUGAUGAUGAUGAUGAUGAUGAUGAUGAUGAAGACGAUGCGGGCAGUAAUUGUAACAGUGCUGAUGGCGGUGUGUUUGGUGGACAGGUUCGCGACUGUGAUGAUGCUGAUGGUGGUUUGGUUCCUGUCGCCUCGUAA